AUGGCCACUCCAAGGUACAGCAUCCCUGAGGAAUUCAAGGACCAGCUUCGCUUUGUCGAGGCUGCCGAUGCUCGCUCCGAUGAUGAAAUACUAGCAUCGCUGCGAAAAGCAGCUCCCUUGACCUCUUCCGAGAAGAAUAUAUGGGCCUUUUGGGACUCCGGCAUUGACAAGAUGCCCUCCUGGACCCGUCGCAAUGUCAUCAAUUGGGCACGCCUAUGCGGUCCAUCAUGGACAAUCCGAGUCCUGGACAUGGUCCCUGACUCUCCUAACAAUGCAUUGAACUUUGUACCACCUGCCAUGCUUCCACAGGCUUUUACGAAGGGCACAUUGAAGGGACCCUAUAUCGGACCACAUAGUGCAGAUUUCCUUCGUGGCGCCUUGACAUAUCUCUAUGGUGGCGUAUUCAUGGAUGUGGGCAUUAUUCUCGUCCGCAGUCUAGACAAGAUAUGUUGGGAUAUCCUUUCCGAUCCCUCCAAACCUCAACAAAUCAGUGUGCCAUGGAUGUACGGCACAACAAUGGCGAAUCACUUCGUCGCUGCUCGCCAGCAUGAUCCUUUCAUCAAAAGAUGGCACGACCUGUUCGUGUAUCUCUGGGAUGGAAAAGAUAUCUACGAAGGUCUAUCAUCAAACCCGCUACUGGCGUUUACUGCAAAACUGGACUUCUCCGCCUCGCGAAGCAGAGGAUUUGCAUGGGAUUUUCAGGUGGGGCCGAUGGUAGUGUUUGACUAUAUUACCCAGGUUACUGCGUGGUUGAGAUUGUGCAUGCUUGAGGAUGCCGGAGAUGGCUUUAGUUGUGCGGAUUACGCGCAAAAGAACAUACUCUGGUUCGAUGCGCUGGAGGAGGACUGGGCGGCGGAGAAAGUCAUCGGGUACCAGGGUGAGAAGUUGUUCGAGGUUUUGACAACGAGGCUUGAUGAGGACCCGGAGUCGGAUCGAUAUAAGAAGGCUUACGAAGCUGUUUGGAGAAUUUUAACAAAUUCGAGUAUGCAAAAGGUUACUCAUGGGAAGAAGUUGACCAAGACUGCGGCUUUGGGUGUGUUGUUGGAUAAGCCUGAGAAUGCGAACAAGGAUAUUGAACCUGGGACUUUUGCAGAUUUGUUGAGAUAUGGAAGUGUGCACUUUGAGCAGACUCGUUCCCAGAUUACGAUUAUACAAACUGAGAAGCCAGCGGAGACGAUGAAGAAAGGAGUAUUUGAGCCUUAG